CUUUAUGCUGUUUGCAAACCUAUCUAAAAAAAUAAUAACAAAUCAUUUGAAAAAAGUGCAAAGAAUAAAAAUCAAACAAAAUAAAAUGCUCUGGUGAACUGUGGGGGCUUCCAUAUACCGAAUUAUACAUUUUCGCGUGCAGCACGUAAUAAUAAGUUAAUUUUGCCGCACUUUUACGACUGUACUUUGGUCAUAAGAGCUUCGGCUAAAAUGGCCAAUCUUAAGACACAAAAUAGGAAAAAAGUCCAGGUUUCAAUGGUAAUCUGUGAACCAGAAGAAAGGAAACACAGAUCCGGUGUAAAUGCUUUACAGUUUGACCCCCAACUGGACCGUCUUUACUCUGCCGGCAGAGAUUCAAUAAUAAGAGUGCACGAACAUGAAAAAUUUAUACACAGCAUGGAACAUCACACCGAUUGGGUUAACGAUAUCGUUUUGUGUUGUGGAGGACGGCACUUGAUAUCCGCUAGUUCAGAUACAACCGUAAAGGUGUGGAAUGCUUAUAAAGGUUUUUGUAUGUCGACCCUAAGGACCCACAAAGAUUACGUAAAAGCUUUGGCUUAUGCAAAGGAUCGAGAACAAGUGGCCUCCGCUGGUUUCGAUAAGUCUAUUUAUUUAUGGGAUAUUAAUACUUUGACGGCCCUCACUGCUUCCAAUAAUACUGUUACAACCUCCAGUUUAAUUGGGAGUAAAGAGUCAAUAUACAGCUUGGCAAUGAACCCUCCGGGGAGUAUAAUAGUGAGUGGUUCGACUGAGAAAGCUUUGAGACUAUGGGAUCCUCGGACCUGUGUUAAACAGUGUAAAUUAAAAGGGCAUACUGAAAUAGUAAAGGCAUUAGUUGUAUCAAGGGAUGGUACUCAGUGUAUAUCCGGAAGCAGUGAUGGAUCUAUAAAAGUUUGGAACAUUGGACAACAACGAUGUAUUCAGACCAUUAUAGUGCAUUCGGAUUCGGUUUGGGCCCUUUUAGCCACUGAGAACUUUACAUAUAUUAUUUCUGGAGGAAGAGAUAAAAAAGUGGUCAUGACUGAGUUGAAAAAUGUCCAGAAUAGCGUUCUCGUUUGUGUAGAGGAGGCACCUAUACUGAAAAUGUGUUUUACUGCUGACCAACAAGGAAUUUGGGUGUCAACGUCAAAUUCUACAGUACGUUGCUGGAAACUGCCCAACGAGAAACACAUGAAAGAAGAUAAUCAAAUGGCAAUUCAACCGAUAUCGGUGAUACCCGGUGAUGCUGCGAUAGUAAAAGCCACAGUGUUAAAUGACAAACGGAACAUUUUAACGAAAGAUUCGAACGAUUGCGUGGCACUCUAUGACGUUUUAAGGGCCUGCAAAGUAGAAAGUUUAGGUGCAGUAAACUAUCAAAACGAAAUAAACGCCCGCAAUAGUGAGAAAUUGAUGUACGUACCGAACUGGUUCAACAUGGACCUUAAAACUGGCAUGCUCACCAUACAUCUAGGACAGGACGAGGUGGACUGUUUCUCUGCGUGGGUAUCGGCAAAAGACGCGGGCAUAAGGGACUAUCCGGAACCGGAGCACAAAGUCAACUACGGGAAAUUACUGUUGCAGGCCCUGUUUGAACAUUGGCGCGGGGUGCAGGGCGAUCAGGAAAGCAAAAUCGCUUUUACCGUUCCCCGGCAUACUCCCUUAAUAUUAAGUGAAAUUGGUGGUAGAACGUUAUACAGAGUCCUAGUAGGAGAUACGGCGGGCGAAACCGAGAACGCUUUACUAAACGAGACCGUGCCCAACUGGGUCGUGUCCAACAUAGAAGACAACUGCAACAGCAAGUUUACUAAAGUGCAAUUUUACCUGAAACCCCACGCUACCGUACCUUCGAACUUGCUUAAGCAGGAUAGACUGAAAAAGCCUGACAGAUUGGUGGCGAACGACUUUAUCCAGUGUCGAAAAGUGGCCGAACACGUGUUGGAUAAAUUAUUGGGCGAAGGUACCGCUACUUCGCCGGGUGGAGAUGCGGAUUCUCAAGGGCAAUCCGGUAGCGGAUACACCGUAGAUCAGAUCCAACUCAUAUGUUCGGAUCAGCCGGUGGACCUCUCGAUGGACUUACGCACCGUGAAGCAUUUUAUGUGGAAAUACUCUUCAGAUCUCGUAUUGUAUUAUAAGAUAAUCAAUAAGUAGAUGCUCGUAUGUAAGUAGACUAAUUUUUUUAGAUAAGACUGUGAAAAGUGUACAUUUUCUUUAUACUUGUAUGAAAUACCAGUAUUAGUUGCAUUUUUUUCCUGUUAUAUGUAACGCUUGCUAAUAAAAGCGUUUGGGGCUAUAAAGUUCUAUGAAA